AUGGCAAAUUCUUUGCAAAACGCAACAUCUGGUGUUAUGGGCACCCUCAAACAGAAAAUGGGCACGCUAAAAACAGAGAACGACAAUCUUAGAGACACAAUUGAUAAAAUAACCAGAGAAAAUUUAGAAAAGGAACAACGGAUCUGUCAGCUGGAACUGGAAGUUACUGGACUACAGAGGCGUAUUCAGCUUGUGGAGGAGGAUUUGGAGCGGUCAGAGACUCGUCUUCAGAGUGCCACUGAGAAGUUAGACCAGGCUACAAAAGCUGCCGAUGAGAGUGAAAGAGGUCGCAAAGUUCUUGAGAGCCGAGCAUUAACUGAUGACCAGAGGUUGGAUAUACUUGAGGCCCAAGUGAAAGAAGCCAAAUACAUCGCUGAAGAUUCUGAGCGAAAAUACGAAGAGGCUGCUCGCAAGCUGGCAAUCACAGAGGUGGACCUGGAAAGAGCCGAGUCCCGUUUGGAAGCUGCUGAGACCAAAAUGUGGGAACUGGAUGAGGAGCUUCAUGUAGUGGGCAACACUAUCAGAACUCUGUCCAUCCAAACUGACCAGGCUUCUCAGAGGGAGGAUAGCUAUGAAGAAUCAAUCCGAGAUCUGACCCAGCGACUCAAAGAUGCUGAAAACCGUGCCAGCGAGAGUGAGCGCACUGUGGUCAAACUACAGAAAGAAGUCGACAGGUUGGAAGAUGAGCUGCUGGUGGAGAAGGAGAAGUUCAAGACAAUUUCGGAAGAACUGGAUUCGACGUUCGCCGAGCUGGCAACCUACUGA